AUGUCAGGCGCGCGGCAUUGGGAGCAAGACAAGGAGGCCACUGUCUACGUCGGAAAUAUCGAUGAACGGGCUUCGGACAGCCUUGUGUGGGAGCUGAUGCUGCAAGCGGGGCGCAUUGUCAAUGUUCACCUGCCCAAAGAUCGCGUCACACAGCUGCAUCAGGGAUAUGGAUUUGUAGAGUUCAUAAGCGAAGAGGAUGCCGAAUACGCGUCCAAGAUCAUGAAUGGAAUCCGCCUCUACGGAAAACCGAUUCGCGUCAACAAGGCGUCGGCCGAUAAGCAGAAGACUGUGGAGAUCGGUGCAGAGCUUUUCGUGGGUAAUCUGGACCCGAUGGUCUCUGAACAGGUUCUUUAUGAUACGUUUAGUCGGUUUGGUAACCUACUCAACCUACCCAAGAUUGCUCGUGACGACAGCAACCUCUCCAAAGGAUAUGGCUUUGUUUCUUUUGCCGACUUUGAGUCUUCAGAUUCGGCCAUCUCCAACAUGAAUGGACAGUACUUGAUGAACAAACAGGUUUCUGUGCAGUACGCAUACAAGAAGGACGGCAAGGGCGAGAGGCAUGGUGACGAAGCAGAGCGAAUGCUGGCAUCACAGGCUCGCAAGCACAAUGUUCAGCCACCAACCCAGCCGCUUCCACCCCAAGUGCCCAGACCAGGCCCAGGGAUGGGCAUUUCGGCGACUCCGCCUGUCAUGGCGAAUGGUGAUACCACUCGACCCACGGGAUCCGCGCCACCGCAAGCACCAGACUUCGGCAUGCCCAUGCACUAUCAAAAUCUCCCUCACAGCCGACCUAUUCCCCCUCCUGCGCCUUCGCUGAACACUCCACCCCCUGGACUGCCGGCACGCCCACCCCCAUCUCAAGCUGGGUAUGGGGGGCCGCAAUCUUUUAUACCUCCUGGGUUUGGUCCUCCUGGAAGUGCCCCCCAGUUACCACCGGGCUUCCAACAGCCAGCAUACAGCGGCAGCCGGUAA